AUGACAAAGCAGAGCGGAACUUGCUUCAUACAGUCACCAGCUCUGAUGAAGGCGUGGACAGAUAACAUCUGUUUGAACGGUGCCCGGACCACUUUGAAUGUACCAUCCAAGUACCAUGUCUUCGCACGGGACAGUAGGGCUAGGAAGUCCCUAACAGAGUAUAGCGUUACCUCCUUGGAUAAGGUCCUUGACAAUGAUCGACUUACUGGGUACCCAAAUCAUAACCAGUCAGUAACUACAACAGGCAUAUUGAGUCUUGUAUGCAUGAUAAUAUCUGUCAUUUGUCUGUUGAUUACAUUGCUGACAUAUUGCUUGUUCCAAGAGCUACGCACACAACCUGGUAUUAACAACAUGGGGCUAGUGAUCAGCCUGAUAGUCGCGCAGGUUUUAUUUCAGUUUGGCAAGGGACAACAUCAAUAUGUACCUUCAUGGACAUGUGAGCUCAUUGGAGUUCUUAUUCAUUUCUUCUGGCUUCUAGUAAUCUUUUGGAUGAACGUCUGUUGUUGGCAUAUGUUCUGCUUAUUCAAUCGCUUAAGCGUUCAGUCAUCCAAACAAAGUCCUGUUUGGAAAACCUUCAUAUACACUAUAUACACCUUUGUUGGAUCGCUGCUAUGCGUAGCAAUCAACAUAAUCGUGGUCGUCGUGGAUACAGACAAUGAGAAAGUAGGCUAUGGAGACGGAACUUGUUAUAUUUCUAGGCCGGAAAUGGUGGGAUAUACGUUCGCGUUACCAGUUUUUAUUAUACUUGUAGCGAACAUUGCCAUGUUUUGCGUAGUGAUUUUGAAGGUUAAAAGGACUACUUCCCAUGUAAUUACUUCAGCCAAAUCAAAUGUCAAUUACGUAACAAUAUUUGCAAAGCUUGCUACGCUGGUCGGUCUAUCAUGGAUUUUCGGAUUCAUCUACACAUAUACGGGAAAGGAAGUCUUUGAAUAUUUGUUUAUCAUAUUAUCAAAUGGACAAGGCGUGUUUAUAUUCGUGGCUUUUAUUUGCAGAAAACGUGUAUAUCACUUAUACAAAGUUGUGUCAAACAGUAAACAGCUCUCUGUGUUUGUGUGUCUGGCUCUCUGA